AUGCAUACGACACGAUACACGGAUAUCUCAAUCACAUUGUCGCAGUUUCUAUUAAAACUCGCGGGUGUCUGGAUGACAGUGAAUAACACCGAAGAACGUCGGAGAAGACUCACUAUGGCGUUUACUGCCGUCAUACAUGUUUACGGAUUAUAUCUAAAUCUCGGCGAUGCUUAUUACACGUGGAACGAUUUGAGCCAUUGUACCUUCUUGCUCUCUAAUACAUUAUGCAUCGCAUUGGCGAUGUUCAAGCUUUUGAUAUUAAAUUUUCGCAGAACGGAAUUUAAGGAUUUAAUUUUAUUUGCACAACAAAAUUUUUGGCAUUUCAAGUACGACCAUGAUGAGAAAAUACUUUUCAUGAAGUGCCGAAAAUUGUGCAAGCUGUGGACCAUAACGGCAUGUUCUUUCACGCAAGCCUCCUUGGCAUUUUACAUAAUUACGCCAAUCUGCGCGAAUAUCGGAAAAAACAAAUCGGAUAGGGUACUUCCGUUCAAAAUGUGGGUCGAUCUGCCGCUAAGCGUGACACCAUAUUACGAAAUUAUGUUCGUUAUUCAGCUAGCGACUGUGCAACAAAUCGGUGUAACGUAUUUGUGCAGCGACAACUUCUUAUGCAUACUGAAUAUGCACGUGAUCUGCCAAUUCCGCAUGCUCCAUAACAGACUUUUGAAUUUAUGGAAGAUCAUCGACCAGCAAACGGAUAAGAUCGAUUACGCCGACAAGUGUUACAUAGCGUUGAAAAAAUGCAUUCGGCAGCAUCAAUCGUUGAUCAAAUUCUGCGAGAAGCUCGAGUAUGUUAAUACGUUACCGAUCUUCGGCCAUGUAGUGGUCUUUAGCUUGCUAAUGUGCUUCGACACGUACGAGAUACUUUUGGCAAAUGUAACCGCUGGUACACGACUGAUCUUCGUGUUCCACAUGGUCGGUAGCUUUAUCCAUAUAAUUUUCUUCACGUACACUUGCCACGGCUUAAUGGAGGAAAGUUCGAAUAUUAGCUUGGCAACGUACUCAGGCUGGUGGACGAUUCUGCCAAUGACCGAAACUGGCAGAAUGUUACGAGAAGACGUGAAGGUGAUGAUGAUGAAAUCAAUGCGACCAUGCUGUCUGACCGCUGGUGGAUUUUUUCCUAUAUCUUUGGAAACAUCUACCGCGCUGAUGAGUACUACAAUGUCAUACUUUACGCUCAUGAGGGAAUCAUCUGUGAAAAAUGCGGAUAAAUAAUCCAUCAU